UUCAUGUGUCUCAGGUCGCACUACUUUCACAGACCUCCAAGGAACUAUCAACACAGCGUAGCAAAAGAAGAUUCAGUGAAAUAUGCUUUUGGGGUUAUCUCAUCUGACCUCCCACCUCACCUGUUAUAAAAGAAUAGUUCCUGUGGGACUGAGCUAAAUUGCUCUGAAACCUCUCUGAAGAACUGUCAUCGAUUUGAAUUGACAUGGAUUUCUUACAGCUGCCAGAUAGAAUUAUUGACACACCAUCUGUGAAGGACAAAGAGCAGGAGGAUUCAGCAGCAGUCAGAGGACAGACACCUCCUGACUUCAGCAGUAUCUACAGCAAAGACCUGCUCCCAGCUUCACGUGGCGAGGAGAUGACCAGAAGGUUUCUGCAAGAGCUGGUCAACAUCUUGUUGAGUUACAUCAGCAAGUCAAAUCAGAGGAGCUCUAAGGUCCUGGACUUCCACCAUCCUCAUCAGCUGAAGGAGGGACUUGAGGGCUUCAGUCUGGAUCUGCCGGAACAACCAGAGACUCUGGAGCAGAUAUUAGUGGACUGUAGAGACACACUCAAGUAUGGUGUCAGUACAG